AUGGGCAUCACCGACCUCCCCGCAGCAGUCGCCACUGCCGUAGCCGACACGCUGGCUGGUGUAUUGGGCGAAACGUCCAUCAAGGACGACUCUGCCAAUUCAUCCCCCGCCACCUCGGAGCCGAAGGAGCUGGCCAAGUCGGAGAGCGAGCUGGAGGAUGGAGAGAUCAGAGAUAGCGAGGACGGAGAUGCCGAGGAGGACGAUGGGAAGGUCAAGACUGUGUUUGAUGAUGCGAAGAAGUUCAAUGUCAAGCACCCAUUAUAUUCGACCUGGACGUUGUACUAUGAUGCACCACAGACCGGCAAGGUCAAGGCCCCGCCAACUCCGGCAUCACAUGGCUUCCUCGAGGACAUGCGCCAAGUCGUCGCCUUCAACUCGGUCGAGGAGUUCUGGGGCACCUACAACAACAUCGUUCCCCCUUCCCAAUUCCCCGCCAAGGCAAACUACUAUCUCUUCAAGGAUGGUAUCCAGCCCGCGUGGGAGGACGACCAGAACAAGAAUGGAGGUAAAUGGGGGAUCCAGGUAGCGAGGGAGAAGAGCAAGGGCGUUAUUGACAAGAUGUGGCUGUAUACGAUGCUUGCUGCUAUCGGAGAGACAUUCGAGACUCCCCUGCCUAGUGCUCCUGGAGAGAAGGCCGCUCCGCCAGUCCAAAGCGACCUUGUUACCGGUGUGCUGAUCGCUGCUCGUGCAAACUUCUACCGGAUAGCCAUCUGGACCCGCGAAGCGCCCGAUACCACCCUCCCCGAGACCGACGCCCUCAUGGCCCGGAUCAUGCUCAUCGGCCGUCACUUCAAGGUUUCGGUUCUCGGUUUCGGCCUCGGCGAGUCCGUCGGCGGUGGACAGGCCGGGUCGCUCACCAGCGAGGUCAACUUUGAGAGCCACACCGACUCGGAAGUCCGGGGGAACAAGAAGAAAAUUGUCAUCUAG